GGAGAAAGAUUCAAGAUUGUCUAGGUGAAUAAAAUGCUUUUGCUAUCACAGUAGCUGAGCAUGCAAGCUAUACUUCAAACCUUGGGGAUUGUGAGAAUCAAGUGGAGUGAGAUGUAGAAGGAAAGUUGCAUCAGCAAAGGCGGGGGAAGCUCCAACUCCGACGUGACCAACCCCCGGAACAAAUCCCUUCAUCCUCCCUUUUGAUGUAACCACUUCUCCAUGCACUUCCUCUAAACAGAAUCAAUAAACAGCAGAGAGUUCUAGCUAUCACUAGGCCUUCAAAAUGUCCCCUCCACCUCCCGCAGAAGUCAUCGAUGGUUGCAAGACCUUUAUCCCUCUCGAAAACAAUCCAGAUGUACUGGAUCAUCUCUGCAAAAACCUCAGUAUCUCACAAGAUCUCGCAUUCCACGAUAUACUCUCCACAUCUGCAGAGUUUGUGCGAGAAUGGUAUCCUCGACCAUGCAACGCCUUGAUUCUCCUCGCGCACACGCCCAUCUACAACGCCGCGCGCUCAGCGAUUGAGCCCACCAUCCCGAGAUACGAGGGUUCAGGCCCUGACGAACCAGUAAUCUGGAUGAAACAAACCAUCGGACACGCUUGCGGACUAAUGGCACUCCUACACGUCGUAUUCAACCUCGAAGGUGGUCGAUAUGUAACCCCAGGCUCGGGACUAGACAUAUUCCUCAAGCAAGCUAUUCAACUGGAGCCCACGGAGCGAGCACAAUUGCUUUAUGAUUCUGAAUUUCUGGAAAAGGCGCAUAUGGAUGCAGCCUCGCGCGGGUCCUCGACUGCGCCCUCGCCUCGGGACGAGAAUCAUCACCAUUUUCUGGCUUUUGUUCGGAAGAAAGAUGGACAGGUUUGGGAGUUGAAUGGGGGUAUGAAUGGGCCCUUGCUACGAGGAACACUGAGCCAGGGGGAGGAUUUGUUGAGUGAGGAAGGACUGAAGAUCACUGCUCAGGAAUUCUUGGGAGUUGCUGAAAAGAAUGGAUUUGGAGAGAUGAGUAUCGUUGCGGUCACUGGGGCGGAUGCUGUUGCCCCCGGCUCAUCAUGAAAAGAACGUGUCUUCCAUUGAAAAGGGGGGCUGAGUAGACAUCAUCCUUGUACCUGAGUUAGGAAAUGAUAUCACGAGGUAAUUCAAUCAAAUAUCAUCCAUCGCUUGUAAAACCUGGUGUAUGUCAAAUGUGCCCCAAGUAUAUGCAUG